AUGAGGGAGCCAAAAGAAGGAGCAGGUAGGACCGGCAGUAAUCCAACCAUGAAGGAGCUUUAUAAAUUCAACAAGUUCACCUUCAAGGCCAUAGUGGGAAGCAAUGGAAAAGAACUUGGAAUUGGAAUAGUAGUAUAUGGUCCACUUGGCCGGGGAUUUUUUGGUGGCAAAGGAGUUUCAGAAAGUGUUUAUAAACACAGUCUUCCACACCUAAGCUAUAGUUCUGAGAACUUGGAGAAGAGCAAAGCAUUGUAUGUGAGAGUUGGGAAUUUGGCUAAGAAACAUCAAUGCAGCACUACUCAACUAGCUCUGUCUUGGGUUCUGCAUCAAGGGGAUGAUAUUGUUCCAAUCCCUGCGACAACCAAAAUCAAGAACGUGGAUAGUAAUAUUGGGGCAUUACAAAUGAAGCUAACAGAGGAUGACUUGCGGAAAUUUCUAGUUUAA